AUGAUAAUAAUAAUAAUUAUACAUAAUACAAUUCUCCAAAACCCCACCACCAGAAAUAUGGACUAUAGACAAAUUAUUAAAACUUCUAAACUAUUUCAAGAUAUAAGUUUAUCUUUGGAAAAUUUACAAAUAUCAACUAUCAGAUGCUUGGCUUUGGGCUCACCUUCUGAAAGCAAGAAUGCAAGGUUCCAGCUAGCCUUAUUAAUUGAAUUGCAGCAUUUAUUUGAUGCAGAGGUUUCCUUAUAUGAUCCUGUUUUCAAUGAAAAAGAUUGUGAGAUACUCAAAGAUUUUACAAUUGAGAAAGAAUUCAGUAGCGACAGCUCUAAAACUUUAUAUUUUCUUCCACAUGCAUCCUUGGAAUUAACUGAGGAAGUGCUAAAUACCCAUCAACCAAAGCAUUUUCUUGCCAACGACGUGAUAGCUCAUACUGACAGAUUGACCAAGAAAAAACUCGCAGAUAACUAUCCCACUCUUUCUAUAAUCGUACAUCUUUUAGGGGAAAAUAAAGUAGACGAUGGAUUUACACGGGUUUCCCGAAAGAGAUUUAAAGAACCAGUGAUAGCCUAUGACAUUGAUUCAGUGUAUUUCGACAAAGUACAGAUUUCUCGAUACCUACACACCAAUAAAAAUGACGCAUGGGGUACUUCUUUUAGUGAUUUGGCAUACCAUCAUAUUUGUUAA